CUCUUUUCCCUGCUGCCCGGGCAGUCUUGCUGUAUACAGCGUCGCUCAUUUUUUAGCCUUCAGCUUUCUGUUCACGACGCCCAACGCGAGCCUUUGCCUUUCACGAGGGAUUUACGGCAGGAGCACUCAGCUUACGUUCUCCUGCUCGCUGUUGAUGAUGGCCAGGUGAGAGCUGAGGUUGGUGCAGAACAGCUUAGCAUCCAUCCAGGCUUUCUGGUCCGUCGAGAAGAAGUAGCAGGUUCUCAAGAACUGCUGCCAGCCGGCCGGACACCGCGUGCAGAUAACUUCUACGAGGAGCAAAGUGCACGCCUUGCAGAGAGCCGCCGCGGGGGUGAGAGCCCGGCCCCUGGCCCCGGCAGCAUCCCCUCACCUGACACUUGGCGCAUCUCCUCCAGCACGCCGUUCAGCAGCGCCCGCAUCGUGCUCUCCUGGUGCUUCAGCUCAGCCAGCUCCCCCGGCGCCGGCCACGACGCCGUCUGUCCCUCUGUCAGGGGCAGGCAGCGUGGAACUGCAUCCCUUGCUCGGAGAGCCGCUCCAGCUCUCUGCCUCUCUCUCCUGGUUCUACGCCCGAGCUUUUUCUGGGGUUUUAUUCCCUAUUGAACCUUUUCUCUGGGCACUAAAACCUUCUAGCUUUCGCCCUCAGCGAUCUUUUAUUCUGGUAGCCCCACAAUCACACCUGCUUAUCAGCCACUUCUCAAUCAGAGAGAGUGCCCAAGCAGGGCUUUAACUAGUUUGAUAUGUUAUUAGGUAUUAUAUAUAGAAAGGAGAAAAGCCUUUAUCAGCUCAACCUAAUUAAGACCUGGUUUGGGCACUCCUAAGUCCCCCCCUGUUACUUCCAGCACAUUUUAGGCAUCUUUGGGAUCAAGAAAAGCCUAAUAAUAUGCCCCUUCUGCAAAAUAUUAGGAGAGUUGUUGAGAGCCACCGUUUUAACUCCCAAUUCAUUGAAAAUGGGCUCUUCGGAGCUUGAAGCCACUGUUUUAACUUGCAAUUCAUCAAAACCAGGCUCUCCAAAGCUUGAAGCUUUUUACAGCAGACUUGUAAGAGCACCGUAUCUUCGGCAGCUUGGUAAAAAGCUCAAACCGGGGAUUCCCCCUCGGAGGGAGCAGCCAGGCGCUGGGAAGAGCUCUCUCACCUAGGACGCGGAGGCGAUCCGACAGGGCUUUCCCACAACCCGCUUCACACUGCGUCAUCUUCGCCCUCAUGUUCUCCACUUCUUUGGAUACUGCCAACGCCAGAAGGAGGAAGCGUCUGAGCUUACGCCGCGUUCACGCUUCGGGCCACGGCGACGUUACCCGCUCCCGCUAUUUUGCACGAGACUCGCGGGAUUGCGCCGGAUUCCCUAAGGCCGCGUUCCCGGGAUCCCACCUCCGCUGGCGACAAACCGAGCGCCUGACCCACGAACAUCACUGAGAAAAGGCAACGCGUCCUGCAGCACCGCCGCUAAGGGCUCAGCGACCCACAACGGCAGGACGCCUUUCCUGCGUCCCCCAAAGCUUACGGGUGGCCCGGCCUCAGCGAUUUUUAGAGCAGCUCCCAUGGCAGGACGCGCCACCGCCGGAGAGACUGCUGCCGAACGUACCGUUAAGAAGGUGGCUGUGAAAUGCUGUGAGCUGGCUGGACAUCUGCUGAUCUGGAAGAACAAGAGGAGCUUGAGACACGCUGGGGGCUCGCACUGAACCAAGGUGGCCGCUUCGGGAAGGGGCGGCCGUUUCCUACCCAUGAAGUGCUGGACGUGCGACAGGUUCUGCCAUGAGCUCGCGUGGAUUUUCUCGUUCCUCAGCCUCGCUUCUUCCAGAGCCUCCCACAUGGCAUUUACUGGCGGAGAGGGGAGGAGAAGGGAUCCUCAGGUUAAUGCCAGAUCCUGGGUGAGAGCCCUGGUUCGACGGUGCUGAGGAACCUCAACGUGAGCCGAGAGGAGCACCACGAGACUUACUUUUCUGAAGACUGAUGACGAUGACAGCCAAGAGCAGCACAAAGCAGAAGGCCAAGAGGAUGUAUAGGAGCGCCACAGCUCUGCCCUGGCAGGAGGCAGGGAGGCACCAAGCUGGAGGAAGUGACAGCAGGUUUAGGCUACUCAGCAUAACUCACCCCAUCAGCAUUUCACAUGGGGAGAGAUUUUACACCCUGAGUACUGCUCUCCAGAAGAGGACAAAGAGGCUGCGUUCCUCCCCAAAUAAAGUAGUUAUGGUCUCUCCUACUGCCCCGUUCGCGCUCAGACUUCUCACUCUUAGAAACUAUCGAUCGUAACCCAACAGUGCUACCACGUGGCAGCAUUUCUCUCAUGGGAUAUAAGGCCUUUCUAUGGAUUAGGGCAGUAUCAGAUUAUAGUUUCACCGAAAGGCAGUUCUGGAAGCACUGUAAUCCCUCCUGUUUCAUAUGUCUCCAGCCAUAGAUCUCUUACCCCCAAGAUCAUCUCGCUGUUACCUCCUUUACGUGCUCUCUUCAGCUCUUGAUCUUGCAAUUCCAUCAUCUUGGUCGUCUCCCAUUCCUUGUAGGAGCUGUGAUCGUCUACAGUUUGUGACAUUUCUGACCUGUUUUUUUUUUUAAUAUGGUCCCAAUUUAUGCAGUCAGGAAUGUGCAUCAGCCCUUCCGGGGGAAGUGAAUCCUUGUGUUUCAUAAUUCAUAUCUGAAAAAAAAAAUGCACAGUCAGGAGCUUUGGACUGCCUGUUGUGAAUGGCAUUUCGCAGCUGAAGACCCUGCAGCGCUGGGUCCGUGGGCCUCAGACUCUUCCCUGCUGAUUUACAGGGGGUGACACUUAAAAACAUGCCAUGCUCAUUAGACGAGGCUUAAGCCCCACCAGAUGGGACCUGCUGAAGGCUUCACAUCAAAGCAACAAGGACUAGCCUUCAGCAACUGGUGUGCUCCAAGAUGAGCACCUGCUUUUAGCAUUUCCAGUGGAAAUUUAUUGCCCGCAUACUUUAACCCCUGAGUGGGAAUCAGCACUUGAGGAAAGUUUCAGGGUAUAUUUUGCCUCUGAAAUCUUUGAGGCUGGACCUCAUUUCUUUUGGGCCUCUCAGGCCUGAUGGGAACGUGCUGGAUCCUGCUUUGUUUGCCGUUAAGGUCUCCAGAGCAUCUCCUGCACCACCUAGAUAAAAGCUCAGGGGUGAUUUCUAUCUGCUGAACGCCGAAAGCCUGCUUUCCAGCCUAAAAGGACCACAAAAAAGCCUCUUGCCCAGCUGCCAAGAGCCUCGGACAGGACACAUGGCCCCACGAGGCUGGCAGUGCCACAAGGAGAUAGCCAGCGGCUCUCCUUCAUGCCCAAAGCUCUCGAGAAAGACCCCCAGGGGGACGAAUCCACGGUCACAGAGCAGUCCAGAGGGAGCUGCCAUCCGACCAGGCUGCGCGGAAACAGCUCAGCACUUUCAGUUCUGUCACGAGUGCAGAAUCCACACGAUCAGCACAAAGUGCUUGCAAGGAGAGUCCUGAUGCUUUCGGCAGUGACGUGUCUGCCGAGGAAGGCCAGGACGGAGCGAGGGCGCGAGUCCAAAGACCCCACUGGCUGGAGGAAAGGGAAGCUUGGUAGGAUGAGGAAUCCACGGGUAUUUCUCGCUGUGGUCUCUCUGCUCACUAACAUCUUCGAGGUCCGGGCUGUGGCUGUGGCUCUUCCAGCCAUGGAAGUGACUGGGAAUGAAGAGAUCACGAGGUCUCCAGUCCCUUCUUCACUGGCUGCCACCAGUCCCGAGCGGAGGGGAAGUGUGGUCGGCAAGGCAGGACUCUUCUACUCCAGCCAGCUCUGUGGCCUUCCUCGGAGAGUCACGACACUCCGCACCGCCAAGGCUCCUGCUGCUGGCCGACGGGAUGCUUCGCAGCAGGAGACGCCGCCGAUUCAUCCCAUCCGGUCCCUUUUGCCUGAUUUUUUCCCGUUACUGGGAAAGGAGAGCUUAAAACAACUCAAGGGGGAUCCUUGUCAAGCUGAAGGACUUGUUCCCCCUGCAUUUUAGACCUGCGUCACUGCUAAAGAUGCAACCGAGCCUUACUCCGCAUGCGUCAUCCACAUUGCGACAAGACCAUCGGGGUGAAAUACUGCCGGAUCCUCUCUACAUCAAGCUUAGUCGGCAAGGCCAAGGUAGGGCCAAGUUGGAAGUCAAGAGGAGAACUGAAACAUCAGCUCCAAGCCUUAACCCCUCACCAGUGUUUACACCUUCAUCCUCUUUUAUUUAAAAAAGAAACCACAUAUU